UUGCGUUUACCCCGUAAAACGAAAGAGUAAUCAGCAAACACGUAAUGCAUAUAUUCUGGACGACGAAAUCCCACACGUUUAUCCUCCACGGUCUUGGUCGGCGUGGACAUGAAUAUCAUCGAGCGGCUACGAAGCAUAUAUCCGCAUUAACUUCGCUGAAAUGACAGACUGUAUCAGCUGGAUGAUUCAUCUGAUCCAAGCAUGAUUACUCUGUUCGACCUUCCAACCAAGGACUUCAAUUCCCCAGGGACUCUGAAUACCUGGCGGACCAAGUACGCGUAUAUCUCCCUACAGGCGCAUCAUAAACUCACCAGUCAAUGCUGCAGGUACGCCCUAAACCUGAAAAACCUGCCCUAUCGGACUGUCUGCGUCGAACUUCCCGACGUCGAAGCUCUAGCCAAAAGGGUCGGUGCCGCUCCGACCAGGACGAAAUCCGAUGGUGUCUCUCCCUUCUACACGAUCCCAAUCAUCCAAGAUGACUCUACUGGUGCCGUCGUCUCCGACUCUCCCGCUAUAGCGGCUUAUCUCGACAAGACCUACCCCUCCUCCGGGCCCGUUCUCAUCCUCACUGGGACGAUGACUCCAACUCGCCUUCUUAAGCGCAGUAAUCGAUGCUUUCGCUCCCCCCCGGCCAUUCUACGCUCCGGGAAUAACGACAAACAUGAACGAGGGGACGGCGGCGUGUUUCUUGAAGACGAGGCAGGGCCGGGCUGUCAAGGUUGAGAUGCCAAAAGGGGAGGAGCGGGAGAAGCUGUUAGUACAAGCGAAGGAGAACCUUGGGAAGAUGAACAAAUGGUUCGAAGGAAGCGAGGGGAACUUUGUUAUGGGGAACGAACCGUAUUUCGCGGACACGGCGAUUUGUGCAUUUUUGUGGUUCACGAGGAGGAUGGUUGGGGAGGAGAGUGAGGAGUGGAAAGACGUCGUUAGUUGG